AUGGAGGGGGAAAUAAAAGGAAAUGCUUCAUGUAAUAACAGCAGUGACAGGAUUGACCCCUAUGGCUUCACGAGACAUGACGAUUUUGAAUCCUACAAGGAAAUGAUGAAUGAGUACGUAGCUGUCCUCAACAGAAGAUCCAUGAGAUGGUCCAAACUUCUUCAAGGGAAACCCCAUGUUGAGAAGAACUUGACAGUGAAGAGGUAUGUGCGUAAAGGUGUGCCCAAUGAGCACCGCGCCAGAGUCUGGAUGGCAGCAAGUGGUGCCCAGGAACACCUGGAGAGCAACCCGGGAUACUACGAGUCCCUGCUGGCCAUGGAGCAUGACACCAAGCUGAAGGAAACCAUCCACACAGACAUGCAUAGGACCUUUCCUGACAACAUCCUCUUCCAGAGCAAGGCAGAGCCGGGCCUGCAGAGAGCUCUGUUCAAUGUGCUGCUGGCCUACGGACACCAUAAUAAGGCAGUGGGGUAUUGUCAGGGCAUGAACUUUAUCGCAGGCUACCUCAUCAUCAUCACUAAAGAUGAAGAGAAAUCCUUCUGGCUCAUGGAUGCACUGUUGGACAGGAUACUCCCAGACUAUUACAGCCCGGCCAUGAUGGGGCUGAAGACCGACCAGGAGGUUCUUGGGGACUUGGUGAAGACUAAAGCACCUGCAGUAGGCCAGCUCAUGAACCAGUAUCCCGGCAUAUGGACCCUUUUGGUGUCACGCUGGUUUAUCUGCCUCUUCAUUGACAUUCUCCCAAUUGAGACGGUUCUGCGGGUCUGGGACUGUCUUUUCUAUGAAGGCUCCAAGGUGCUUUUCCGUGUGGCGCUGACUCUCAUCCUUCACCACCAGCCUGAGAUCCUGAGAGCUCGUUCUUUGCCCGAUGUGUGUGAGUGUUUCAAACAGAUCACCUGUGGAGCUUUCACUCUGGACUGCCACACCUUCAUGCAGAAAAUCUUUGCAGAACCUGGCAGUCUGUCUAUGGCAACUAUUGAUAAACUGAGAGACAAAUUCAGACAACGAAUCCAGGAGGAGGAAUCUAGACAGCCGUGAAGUUUUGGAUCCACCGUUUCUCCACUGGACUGUAACGGCUUUCAGUCAUUAACACUACUAUCAGCAACCGUAUAUUCCUGUGUAGGGCUGGGCAAUAUAUUGAUAUUAUAUCUAUAUCGUGGUAUGAGACUAGAUAUCGUCUUAAAUUUUGGAUAUCAUUUUAUUGUGAUAUGACAUAAAGGUUGUCUUUUCCUGGUUUUAAAGGCUGCAUUUUAGUAAAAUGAUGUAAUUUUGUGCAUUUUCCAGACUGUUCUAGUUGUUCUAUUAUUUGCCUUUACACACUUAG